GCCUUGAGGCGGGGCUUCCGUCGUUUCUGUGGCGGUCAUUUUAGCGGUUCUGGGGUUUGGGGGCUCGGUAAGAGGAUCCGGAACACGGAUUGAGACCCACGCGACGGACAGAGAAGGUACGAGAGGAGGCUUUGUCCACACUGUAGGGAGGCGGGUUUACUGUUGGGGACAUCGCCGCCUGCGAGGCCGGCCUGGAGGCUUCAGUGUCGGCGACUGCCCAGGUCGCUCAGCUGUCAUCACUUCACUUCGCCCAGAGGCUCCGAUGGCGGCGGCUGCGCCCACGGACCCGGCUCAGGUUUCGAUGGUUGCAGAAGUGCUUUUGGAACCUACACAAGUGAGUGGAGGUGUACCAGCCCCUCCACUGGUGCCGUCCCACAUUUUGUCCAGAUUUGUGGUGUCAUGAGACUCUUCACCUGCCAUUCUCCCAGCCCUGAGUUUGGGGACCCUGAAGAAUCCUAGCUCAGGGUUGAAUCUAGGCCAGGGUUUAUAUGGGCAUUCCCAUUUGGGGCCAUCAAAAGAAAAUGUGGAAGCUUAUUACAAAAACAGGCGUUGGUAUGUGGAACUGCUCGGAGAUGAGGCUAAGCUCAUUCAGGUAAUUGCAGGCCUCCUUUCUUUCUGGUGAGAACAAAUUGGGGCACUGCGCACCAGAGUCAAGCUUGGAAUGACUGCCUCUGAAGUUAGGCAUCCAUCUGGAGGCAAGGGAAGGCCUGGAUCAGAGGAAGAAGGGAAGUGUGACUUUUGAGGACGUGGCCCUAUAUUUCUCCUGGGAGGAAUGGGAUCUCCUAGAUGAGGAUCAGAGAUGCCUGUACUAUGAUGUGAUGCUGGAGAACUUUGCACUCACAUCCUCACUAGGAUGCGGAUCUUCUAGGUCCCAUAAAGUUGCUCAGCUGGGGUUGGGAGAAGAGUCCCCUGUCCUUCACAGGAUGGAUAUAAUUCCAGUCUCCACAAGAUGGGCCCAGAGAGGGCCUGACCCAGAUUGUUGGCAUGGAGUAGAGGAUGGGGAUGCAGCUUCUGAAGAGAGCAUUUCUAUAGGAGUGUCAAAGAUUGGGAUUCUCAAGGCAGGUUCAUCUUCUCAGAAGGCUCAGCCUUUUGAACUGCAUGGCCCGAUCUUGAGAAACAUUUUGUACUUGGCUGAGCACCAGGAAUCAUAUCUUGGGGAAAAACCAUAUACAUGUAGGAAACAAUUCUGUUUAGCUGCCAACCUUCGACAGUACCAGGGGCAGCACACUAGAGAGAUACCCUUCAGAAGUUAUGUGGACAGAGCCUCAUUUUUAAAGAACUGUACAGUCCAUGUGUCAGGGAAGCCCUUUACCUGUGAGAAGACACGGAAGGACUUCUUAGCCAGCAUGGGAUUUCUCCAACAACAGGUCACUCAAACUGGGCAGAAGCUGAAUAAUGAGUGUGAGGCUGUCUUUCACAAUGGAAAAAGUCAUCACAACUGUGGAGAAUGCAAGAAAGCCUUCACCUGCACAGACACACUUGCUCAGGACCAGAGAGUUGUCACUAGAGAAGGGCUUUAUGAGUGUGGCAAAUGUGGAAAAGCCUGUACCCGAAGAUGUAACCUCAUUCAGCACCAGAAAGUGCACACCGGAGAAAGACCUUACGAAUGCAGUGAAUGUGGAAAAUUCUUCACCUAUUACUCCAGUUUCAUUAUACAUCGGAGAGUUCACACUGGAGAAAGGCCCUACGAGUGCAAUGAAUGUGGGAAAUCCUUUAGCCAAAGCUAUAGCCUCAAUAGCCAUAGGAAAGUUCACACUGGAGAGAAGCCUUAUGAGUGCAGAGAAUGUGGAAAAUCUUUCAGCCAAAGGUCCAACCUCAUUCAACAUCAGAGAGUUCACACUGGAGAAAGGCCUUAUGAGUGCAGUGAAUGUGGGAAGUCCUUUAGCCAAAACUUCAGUCUCAUUUACCACAAGAGAGUUCACACUGGAGAAAGACCUCAUCAGUGCAAUGAAUGUGGGAAAUCCUUCAGCCGAAGCUCCAGCCUCAUUCAUCACAGGAGACUUCACACUGGAGAAAGGCCUUAUGAAUGCAGUAAAUGUGGGAAGUCCUUUAAACAAAGCUCCAGCUUUAGUUCACAUCGGAAAGUCCACACAGGGGAAAGGCCUUAUGAGUGUGGGGAAUGUGGAAAAUCCUUUAGCCAUAGCUCCAACCUCAAGAACCACUGGAGAGUUCACACUGGAGAAAGACCUAUUGAGUGCAAUGAGUGUGGAAAGUCCUUUAGCUGCAAAUCUAACCUUGUCAAACACCUGAGAGUUCACACUGGAGAAAGGCCUUAUGAGUGUGGGGAAUGCGGAAAAUCCUUUAGCCAAAGCUCCAGCCUCAUUCAACACCGGAGAGUUCACACUGGAAAGAGGCCUGCUGAGUGCAGAGAAUGUGGAAAAUCCUUUAGCUCCAAAUCUGACCUCAUUCAACACCAGAGACUUCAUAUUAGGGAAAGACCUUAGAUGUACAGGGCUGUGCAGUUUCCUUUUAGAUAAUUACAGUGGAGGAGAAAAGUCGUGAGGAAGCCAUCUACCUAAAUUUAAGCCUGUACAUCUGAAAAUCCACAGUGGGGAGAUCUCCUUUUAGUUGAAGUAUGUGUGAAUCUAUAAGGAGCUGUGUUAUGCUUCCUAACCUGUCCAGGGCUUUUGCCAGAUUUAUGUCACUGCCACUUUCUGUGAAAGAGUUUUGUCACCUUUACCACUCAGCAGGUUCACACAGUGUGCGUUAGUGCAUUAGUUACCACCACAAUGUGCUCAGGGAAGCUGACCUCUUUCCUUCCCCUUUUGCUGGAGGAAAUCAUGAUUACUCUUAGCCCUUAUAGGGUCUUCAUUCUCUUCUCUUGUAGAAGUUAGGGCAUGGCCCAGUGGACCCAGUCUGCAUUCUGCUGGUAACUUGCCAAAAAGGACCACAUUUCCCAGGAUGUAUUAGUUUUGUGUGACACUCCUCUUGGAUUUUCCUAUCCUCCAAGUCACCAACCUGGGAUCUCCCUGCCUCAUAUUGCUUUGGAUUUUGCAGUAAUAAAAGACAUUAUUGUUAAGCCACCUUUGAUCUUGGGGGUUUCUAUUCACUGUGUGAGGUGUUUUGAAAACAGCUGGGCUUUGCUGGCAUUAAGGAGUGAACAGCUUUGUUGGGGUUCCCAAUGCUUUGUGUGCCUCAGAGAUGACAGUCUGAUGAAAGAAAAUAGCUCUUUCCAGCUUUGGCCUAAUUUACACUGUUGCCUGAGGUCUCCUAGGAAAGACUGCAGGACCUUGUCCUAAUUUGCGGACUGGGUAUCAGGAUUUUUUUGUGGGCUCAGAGAACACCCUGAGGAAUCAGGAAGUUGUGACAACCUCCAGUGCUUCUGAGAACUACAUGAAUUGUUUUUCUUUUUCACAGUGGAUGUCACAUAAUGCUCAGUAGUGGUGAGGGGAAUCUCUACCCCAGGUCCUACAAAGGAGCCAUGUGCCCUGAUACUCACAAUUCACUAGGCUAGUGUCAUGGUGAGACUACAGGGCCCUGGGGGAACUAUAAUUGGUACAGUAACACUGCAGUGGAGAAGAUUGCAGCAAAGUAGACGACAUGUGCCCCUUCUAACAUCGCGUCAACAAAUGCUCCAGUGACUGUGACUGUGCAGGAUCGGUGUG